AUGGAGAAUGUGCCCUACAAGACCUUGCUGCCUGAGGGUGUCAGAACGGGCACCGUGAUGAGAAUUCGUGGUGUUGUCCCCGACAAAGCUGGCAGGUUUCACGUGAACCUGCUGUGCAGUGAGGAGGAGGGUGCUGAGGUUGCCCUGCACUUCAACCCCCGGAUGGACCAGUCCACAGUGGUCUUCAACACCAAGGAGAAGGGAACCUGGGGCCAGGAGGAGCGUGGCCAUGGCCUUCCCUUUCAGCGUGGGCAGCCCUUCGAAGUGCUCCUCAUCGCCACAGAACAAGGCUACAAGGCGGUGGUCGGGGACUCGGAAUACCACCACUUCCGCCACCGCAUCCCGCCGGCGCGCGUGCGCCUCCUGGAGGUGGGCGGGGACCUGCAGCUGGAGUCGGUGAAGGUCUUCUGAGCCGCGUCGGGGGCGCAGUGCGGGGCCUGGACGGCGAAUAAAGUCUUAUCCCGGGUCUGGG